AUGUGGCGGCGGGCGGCGGCGGCGGCGGGCCGGGAGCUGCGGGGCAUGGCGGGGCGGCGGUGGCGGAGCGGGGCGGGCAGCCCCGAGCGCGCCGCUGCCGAGCGGGCCCCCAGGAUCUACACGAGGACGGGAGACUCAGGAUUCUCCAGCACCUUCACCGGGGAGCGGCGGCCCAAGGGCGACCGCAUCUUCGCGGCCCUCGGAGCCACGGACGAGCUGAGCUCGGCCAUCGGGCUGGCUGGUGAGUUUAGCAGUGAAAAGGGUCACACGUUUGUUGAUCAACUUCAUAAAGUCCAGUGCAUGCUGCAGGAUGUGGGCUCCAACAUUGCCACACCACUGUCCUCAGCCAGGGAGGCUCACCGCAAGCGAACGUCGUUCAGCGAGAAGCCCAUCCUGGAGCUGGAGCAGUGGAUUGACAGCUACUCAGAGCAGCUGCCUCCCCUCAGAGCCUUCAUCCUGCCUUCUGGGGGCAGGAGCAGUGCUGCUCUCCACUUCUCCCGAGCCGUGUGCCGCAGGGCUGAGAGGUGCGUGGUCCCUUUAGUCCAAGCAGGAGAAGCAGAUCCAAACGUGGCCAAGUAUUUAAACAGGCUCAGUGAUUAUCUCUUUGUCCUGGCACGUUAUGCUGCAAUGAAGGAAGGCAAGGAAGAGAAAAUCUACAUAAAACCUGAGCCCUAGCUGGGAGCUGGAAUGUUUUGUGCUUGAUCAUGGAAAACUAAAUCCAGUUGACUGCUUUUGUCCAUCAAGGAAGGGAGAGAGAACAAGCCUGGACUGGAAAUGGGAGCUGCCAAGGAUUUCCACGUGAAAUAACCAGCACCUUGUUGCUAAAUCCUGAGAGGAACAGAAUCACAGAAUAUCCUGAGUUGGAAGGGACCCAAACACACCUGGCCCACACAUCCCGUGUGGGGAUGGCUCUGGAGUCUCUGCUUCUCCCAGGUGGGAGUUGAGGCAGGAGAAUUCCAUAACGUUUUGGAGGUGCCUUCAUUUCCCUGGGCAGCAGCAGGUGCUGUGGGAAGCUCUGACAGGACUCUGAGGAUGAUGAAGGGAAAACAAUCAGCUCCUCCUCUGAAGUCUCAGUGCUCGUAUGGAGCAGCAGCUGGAGGCGUUUGGGAAUUGUGUCUGCAGCUCUGAAAUAAUAAAUGUGAAUUUCCUUGUACCAAAGGGCCACAAACUGUCACAUUUUAACACCGAGCCCUGUGUGCUUUGCUGCUCCAAAUCCCUUCCAAUCCAUCAGCUCUGGCUGGAGCUGAGCUGUACAGAUUUACAGGAAUGCACCACGAAUUCCUUGGCUCUGGCUGCCUCUUGUUGAGCAUGUGAGGAAUGUCUGUGUGCUGACAAUGCUGGGCAUCCUCUGCCAGGAGCAGGAUGGAGGGGGUGAAGCAGGAAAGGCCAAAUCCCGGGGUCUGUGUGCUGGGGUUGUCUCCAUGUCCCUUGGAAUGGUGGGACCAGCUGCCCCUCUGGCUGCAGGAGCAGCUGGGGGAGCAGAGCCCGGGGUUUGGGAGCACCCAGGGCACUGAGGGUGCAGGAAAAGGGGCUGGGGUGAGGAGCAGGGCCCUGCUGGAGCUGGCUGAGAGGGGCAGCACCCUGAGGGUUCCUCCCAGGGUGUUCCUGCUGAGCCUGGAAUGUUUCUCCAUGGAGCCUUCAGCAGAGCAGGCUGGAGAGAGCUCACACCCACAUCACACACACAAUUCCAGCUUUGCACUCAUGUCCAAGCUGCUUCCAGCUUGGAAAUACACCUGGGCAGAACCCAUGUGAAUUUACCCUGGUGUAAUUUUCCCCCUGGGAAUGCUGUGGGCUGCAAGGUGGUGAUGCCCAUCCAGGGCUUUUAGUGAGGCAGCUUUUAAAUCCAUCCUGCCCCUUUUCCCAUUCAGUUAUUUGAGUAGAACCAACCUUAAACUUGUUCUCCAAAGAAUCUCUGGCUCUGUGUCCCUUUUUGGGCAGUGAGGAAUGCUCAGGAAUGAGUGAGGAGUGCCCAGCACUGACAGAUCCCCUGUCUCAUCACUCACCUGGGUUUGAGGCAGAUAUUUCAUGGCUCUUGUUAAUGCACAUUUUUCAUGGAGUAAUUUUCCAAGCCUCAGCCUGGAGCACAUCCUGGUGACAAAUGCUCUGGAUUUGGAUGGUGCCAUCAGCUGCAGUGUCACCUCAGCCAUUCCCUGUCCCUGCUCCAGCCAGUUUUACGAGAGCUCUGGCUCUGGGACUGAACCUCAGGAAUCAAGAGGCUUUUCAAGUUUAAUUUAAUAAAAUCCUUUGCAAUAUAAA